UGACUUGUAGUCACGUGACCGGUAAAGGUUCUCAAAUCACUCCGAUAGCGUUCUACAGGAAUACGUCUCUUCUCAUUCUUCAUUAGGUCGUGUAUUUUCUGUUCUUUAGUACUGUUCAAAUCUGUGUGGCCAGAUAAAUCAACAGAAAUGGGUGUUGAUCAACCGCUUCGUUUGGACGAGCAGUUGCUGCUUUUCAUGGACCAGCUCGAGGCUCUGGAGGAGAAACGACUCAAACUUAAUUCUCUUAUAGAGGAGGGAUGGUUUUCAAUUGCCAAAGCACGUUAUUCAAUGGGAAAUAAGCAAGUUUCUGCUCUGCAGUACGCUAGUGAGAUGGAGCCGCUUGUUUAUGUUGAAACCAGCGCGCUGGAAGGUGGAACGGCUGAGUUCAAAUGUGAGAGAAAAGAGAAUAAAACAGAAGACCUGAAAAAUAACACAAUAGAAGACAUCGGAGCGAAAGAGACAGGUCUUAGAAGGCGAAUAAAUACCAAACAAAAGGAGGUUAAAGAAGAGGAACAGGAGACAGACCCUCAAGUAAAAACAAAGGCGGAAUCACCCACACUAGAGCACAGAGAUCCUUUGAAGUGGUUUGGAAUCCUUGUACCACAAAAUCUGAAACAAGCUCAGUCUGCUUUUAAAGAAGUCAUCACUCUCUCAGCAGAAAUUGCAACUCUACAAAGUGCAAUACUUGCUACAAGAAAAGAGAUGCAGGCACAGACGAAGGAGAAGCAAGAGAAGACAGAGAAAACUCAACCAGAAAUGAAGAAGGAAUAACUGUGACCUUCAAUUUCAGGAUAUUUAUUUAUUGAAAUUUUGUAUGAACCAAAUAGACCAAAUGAAUCCAACAGUUUUACUGUGUUGAUUAAUAUUAAAUGUUAAUAUUAAAUCAAGAGAUCACUAAAAACACACUUAUUAUAUAAACAAUGUUCUUUUCCUAAUAAAACUGUCUUUGAUUA